ACUAGAAAUUUCGGUCGGGUCACGACAAAGAUUUUCUGAUGAGGCAAAAAUACAGAUUUAAAUGUGGCAACCCUGGUCUCUUGCUCGAUUGGAAUGACACUGACAGUAAAUUUGGAAUUCCAAUUGGAACAUUUCCCGUCUUUGCUUAUAGUGUCUUGUUUAUAGUUUAAUAAACGUUUGAAUUUUUUGUUUACAAAAGCAGAUAAGUCGUUUUGAAAAUUUGGAAUUGUAUUCUUCUGUGUCGUUCGCGCUUAUUCCAGAUUAAGAGUUUGAAAAUUUGAAGUAUUUAAUACUAUUUUAUUAAAGUUUAGCACCAGCUCGAGUUGUUAGCAAUCUGCAUAACAAUGGCUGCACCCGUCGAUAAUUUGCACUGGCAGAAGCUAGUCAAUAGCAAAGAUCUCUCGGAUGUUGAAUUCACCGUCGGGUCGGACUCCACACUGAUCUGCGGGCACCGUACCCCGCUUGCCUUGGCCAGCGACGUCUUUUAUCGGAUGUUUCUCGGUGCUCUGGUCCCAUCAGCCGGGCAGCCAAUCAGUGUUCCUGACAUCGAGCCGGAGAUCUUUCUAGAGAUGUUAAAAUUUAUCUACUACGACGGACCCAAUAUUACAGCCGACAACCUGGUAAGACUGUAUUAUGCUGCCGAGAAGUACAACUUGGUUCGAUUCAAGGAGCGAUGUCUGCAGUUCGUUGCCAACCACGAGGAAGCAAUGUUGCAAAUUCUCAAUGAUAACGGCGAAUACAACUUCCAAAGAAUCGACGAUUCUUGCCUGAAGAUAAUGUCUGACAACCCAGUACAUUUUUUUGAAGCUCCGAAUUUCUUGGAGCUGUCACUGGAACAAAUGCAGAAAAUUGUCAACCAACGCACAUUGAGGUGCAACACUGAACAACUUAAGGCUGUACUGGAGAAAUGGGAAAAUCAUCGCAAUGGCGAUCGGCAAGGAUCUGCUCAAACAUUGAUGGCGAUUGUAGACAAAUGGAAUCAACAGUCAAGAUACUUCCAGCUGAGAAAAUUGAGCUUCUUCGGAAGAAUGGCAGAAAAUCAAAAUGCAUCUGCAAAAAUCUCUAUUGUAGCACAGGGGAAAUUAAAUAUUUACGGUGUGGGACUGUACGUGGGAAAACUAAAAACCCAAGAACUUCAAGAGUCUGACAAGUUAUCAAUUACUGUAGAGCUAAAGCAUAAGGAGAGCAAUAUUCGUUAUGCUGCUGAAGCACAAUUAAGGAAAGAUGUUUACGUUUUCGACUUCAUGUUCAAGCGAUAUACACUUGAGGCUGAUUCCAUGAUAUCGUUGGAUAUACAUACAUGUGCAACCACUUCAAACGUGUUAUUCUAUGAAGAAGGUAUGCAAUGGACUGAGGACCUCAGAGUUUUAGCAUUGAGCAUGAAAUUACAAGGACAUUACUAUGUUCCCGCCAUUGCAUAUAUUCUUUAUGAUAAUUGAAAAAUAUUAUAACAUAAAAAGCAUAUAAAUUUGAAUUAAUUGUAUGAAAUAAAUGCAAUAUGUUAAACAAAAA